AUGGUGGUGGUGGUGGUGGUAAUCGUGAGCAAAAGAGAGAGACAGGAAUAAAUUGCGUUGCUAUAGGAACGAAAUGCUUGUUGUUAUAACCACAAAUAUUGGCUUGUAAUACUAUUACCAGUUAUACAAAUAUAAUAUUAAAAACUUUGUAUAGUGAGUUUAUUUGAAAGAGAACAAUGGCACCAAAAAAGAAAGGGAAAGGAAGCAAACUAUCGCGCAUGACCGAGGAAGAACGAGCAAGAUAUUUACAACACAGAGCAGCUAUAGAAGAAGAGGCAAGACAGUGCAAACAACAACUUAUUGCUACUUUCAUGAAGAAUAAAUUGAAACAUGAAGAAGCAUUUACAAGACUUAACCUUGCAAAAAUCAACCAACAGUGGCGUCAUAUCCUGAGACAAAUUAAGACAAAGGAAAUGAAGCAGGAUGUGGAGAACCUGUGGAACUUAUUUGAGCAUGUUAUAGAGUCUAAGAAUCAUGUAAUUGAAAGUCUGUUGAAGGAGCUAGACCAGUCAGAGGAACAAUAUGCUAGAAAUUUUCAGUCACAUGCUGAAACUAUUGAUGAGCUUAUAGCAUUACAUGCAAAGCGACUUGAACAACUUCGAGAGAGUUAUGCUCGAGAUCAUGGUGCACUGCUCCUUGAAGCUUCAAGGGAAGAACAAAAGAUUUUAUCUGGAGCCAAGUAUUAUGAAGAACAUUUACAAACGAUCAACUUUCAAAUGCUACAUGACAUGGAGACAUGGACCUCUGCUUGGAAACAAAAUCAUACAAUGAAGACUGAUGAAAUCCAAAAUGAUAUGUUGAGCAUCAUAGAUUGGGUUCAGCAUGAUCGUGAAUCAACAAUAGAAAAGUUAUGGAAAGAGUUUCAGGCAACAUUGCAAGAGUACAUCAAAUCUACAGAAGACAAGCGGAAUCAAUAUGCCAAGCUGAAAGCCCAAGAUGAGCUGGCUUCAGAGUCUAUUUUGAAGCAAUGUAAAAUAAUCACCGAUUUCUAUGAACUGAUCACAAACCUUAAGCAGCAGCUUGCAAGUCUAAAGACACUGCGUGAACAAAAAACAGAUGACCUAAAGGCAGAACGCUCAAACUACCACCAACACUUCGUCUCACUUCGGAACGAGCUUGCAUUCAGCAGCAGGCUUGAUGAGAAGCAGCUGAACUGCUUGAUAACCUCAAGCAAUGAAGCUAUAAAGGAACUGCAAUUGCUCUUGGAGAAAGGAGAACGCAUACUGCAGUUGGCAAGUGUGUGUCGAAGGAUGGAAACAGAAAGAGAGAAGGUAUUGCCUUUUGUCACUUGUCUACCCACUUCUGCCAUUCUAAACCAAGCAGAACAAGAUACUUUGGAAAUGGCUUAUAAGGAUAUACCCAGAGAACCACUGGCAAAGGAGAUCUUCAAUUACAUGAAACUCGACAAUUUUUGGGAAAGAUAUAAUCGAGCUUACUUAGAACGAGCUGCACUGAGUCUUCACAAGGAAGCACUCAUUCUUGAGAACCAACAACUCACAAGAGGACUGCAACAGUAUAUGGCAACACUGGCUCAAGGAAAGGGUCACCCACCAUCACUGCAACCCUCAUUGAGAAUAGCAAGACCAGUGUCAACUCACAUAAUCAGAGAACAUAUCAACCUGAUGCCAGGUUCAGGGGAGGAGGAAAAAGGCAAUAAGCAACCAAAAGCUAGGCCUAUAACAUGCAUUGAGGCCAACACUAGUAUUGCAGUACGACAUAUGUUACGUUCUGGGGUAUUUUAAUUUUGCACAAUGUGACAGUGUCAUAUGUAUAUACAAGCUUAGGACUUAGCUUUCCAUCCUUUCUUCUAAUCUUGGCAUAAAUUUAGAAGCAUGUGAAAAUGUUGAUGUAAUUCUGUUUGACUGCUUAAGAUGUGACAUUUUAUUUAUCAUUAUGUAUCACAGAUGAGAAGAUUUUUGAGUAUUACAUGAAAGUGUGAUGUGUGUUUGCAUGCACACACAAGUUUUAUAGCAUUCUAACAAGGUUUGUUUGUAAACAAUUAAAAACAUUUUUUUUGUAUGAGGUAACAUAAUGUGUGGUGGUCUGAAAUUACAUUAGCCUGCAGCCAUUUCAGUACUUAUAUCAAGCCUUUAUAAAAAUGUAAAAACAAGGUUUGAGCAUUGGCAGCAAUUACUGUAAUCAAUUUUCUGACAAGCUAUUUGUAUUAAAUCUGGUAUUAAAGUUAAUAAAUACAAUGAAUUUA